CGAGCGGCGCUCGGAUGUUUUCAUUCUGAAUUUAUAAGUCAGAGAGAGGAGGACGCCUUCGAAACAAGAGGGAACGAGAGAAAAAAAAAAUCUUUUUGUUGUUGUUGUGUACGUGUUUGUAUUAGCUUCCGGUGUAAUGUCAGUCCGUCGGGCCGGUUUGGUGCUGCUUUGCGCGAUGUUGGCGGUGACUUGUGCUCGCAGGAGUUCGCCGGAGCAGGAGGAUGUUCAGGAGAAAACCAACAGCGCCAGAUGCACAUCCAGGUGCCUCACUCUGCACAUGACCCAGCUAACCGCUGCUUUCAGACACCUCCAGAGUGACCAAGUCCUGGUUUGGUGUGAAAACCACAGACGCUGUGCUCAGUGCCUUCAGCCAUGCAAAGAACUGUGGGAAACCAGGAAGGUGGCAUCUCCAAAGUCUUGCGAGAAGCAGACAGAGUGUGUGACGAGCAGGGAGUUUCUGGCCUCGUUAAGGUCGUCUCGUCAGGGAGACUGCCCUCCGCCUCAGCGAGCCACAGGAUUUGCCGCGGCCUGCGUGGAGAGCUGCUCGUCAGACCAGCACUGCCCCUCCCCCAGGAAGUGCUGCUCCAAUAGCUGUGGACAUACUUGCCAAGCCCCAGCCAAUCUGUACAAAGGCGUCCCUCUGAAGCCUCGAAGAGACAUUAGCUUUUUGGAGGACUCGGAGGGUCGUGUGAAGGUGACGUGGGUGUCGAAGUUCAACGUCAGCGUGGAGCCCGUCGUUUACAUGCUCCAGUCCCGCUGGAACAUCGGCAUUCACCCCAGUGAAGACCACGCCUCUCCAUGGGCUACUGUAGCCAUGGCGCAGUGUGAAGUGUGGCUGCACGGUCUACCGCCUGCGACUUCCUACCUGCUCUCUGUCCAGACGGUGGCCUACUGGGGUCAGAAGCGACUGAAGAGUCCUAGAGUGCAGCUUGUCUUCACUACCAUCCCUCAUGCAGACUCGACCAAAGGCGACGAUUUCUCCAAUGAGCUCCCCUCUUCUUCAUCUUCCUCUUCAUCCUCCCUUCCCUCUUCUCUUUUGAUCUCUUCUUUCUCGCCUUCUUCCUCUGACCUCCCGGUUUCCUCCUCUCUCCCUCACCCCGAAACCCCUCUGAGCCCCAUUGCCCUUGGAAACCUGCGGCUGGAGGUCGCCGCCCCUCAUUACCAUAACAACCAGCUCCAGGUGAAGGUGUUCUGGAAGUGGCCUCAGCACGUGAGACAGAGACACGCUGGCCCGUACAUUUUGAGGUGGCGACCGCAUACCUGCAGCACUAAUGUGACGAGCAUGGAGAGAACAGCUACGGUGCAGGGCACUCAUCACACCAUCACAGGUUUGCUGUUUGCCUGUAAGUACCGGGUUGCUGUGGCGCUGAAAGCUGACCCACGGUCAGAGGCUGUUGCCUGGCUUACGACCCCGACUUGCUCCUCUGUCAGGGUCAGAGGAGGCAAAAGUUUGCUGUGCAACACUGAGAAGCGCCUCCUGUCAGGCAGAAAGGUAGUACUGCGUCCAGAACGACUGACCGCAGACUUCCAACAGGUCAACGGUACUCUGCUCGCCACCUUUCGCUGGAGGUUGUCCCAGCACGCGCUUCACCCGACAGCUGUCGAGGGUUUCCAGUUUACCUGGACGCUUCAGUCAGAGGUUUCGGGGAAAGCCGAUGGACUGGAAGACACGCUCAUCUCCCAGACACAGACUAUCGCACCGUCUCAGAGGUCUGUGAGCGUCUAUGGUCUUCAGGCCGACAGCGUUUACCAGCUGCAGCUCCAGGUGUUAACAGCAGGGGGCAGCAGUGGCACCGCAGUCUCCAAGACCAUAUAUACUCCAGCUAUCAACACAACGCUUUAAUAGGCUCCAGCUGCAGCACCUCCACCAUCACUUUUCUGUAGUCUUCCACUGUGCACUAAGGGAACAUGACUUAAACUAUAACAUAAAGAACAUUAAUCUCAGAAAUUUAGAUUCCUCUCAGAUUAAAGACAUUUUCUCUUUUGUAUAUUUUUUCCUCUCAUUGAAUCACUUUGCAAAGAUUAUGAAGGUUGCGAGUUGCUCUAAUGGUUGACAGCAUGAGCCUUUAUCAUUUUGUAAGAAUUUUAUAUGAACUGUACAUAUGCACGGUGCCAGUUUGUGUUGGCACCAACAACCACGUCCCUGUUUUAUUUUUCUCAUGUCUGUGAAAAGUGAGACUUCUCGCACGGCUGCGUUUGGUUUAAAGAUGAGAUUCAGUCUAAAAACCUCACGUCACUCGAGCCAAAUGACACUUGGACAGAGACUCUGUGUGUCUGUUGUUUUUGAUCAUGCUAGUAGAGAAAACAUAGCACUGACCUUAUGUACAAUAAGUUAUGUAUAGCAACAACAGGCCGACUGUUAUAUCUCGAUGUAUAAUCUCUGAGGUUAGUGCGGUCUUAAUGUAAGCUCAGACAUUUUCAUAUUUUGUUUUUAACCUGUUUGUUUGCUUGUUUUUACUUUUGUAUAGGUAAAUGUAAUUGUUCGAUCAAAUCUGGGCUGUGUGAAUAAUUUUUUACAUAAUAGUACGCCCAUGUCAUUAAACGAUGAAAGCUAAAACUGCUGGUGUGCAACCGGUAAGUUAAUAUUCUCUUAUGUAACCUUUUCCUGUUCAUAAUUUGUAGUUUAACCUUUUACUUUUUUUUACUAGUAGAUUUAUUUAUUGUUUUCCUGUCCUUUUUUUUGU